AUGGCUAUCAAUGAUUGUGCUCUUACCAUUGCAGGCGCAAUGGCAGAAAAUUGUGUUGAUCCAGUUCUGCACCAAUGUCAGUAUUUGUUUCGCUACAGAAGCAACGUUCUAACUCUGAGGGAUGAGAUAAAAAAACUUGAACUAAAGAAAGAUGAAGUGCAACAAUUAGUUGAUGCAGCAAUUAACAAUGGUAAAUCAAUUAAACCAAAUGUCAUUGACUGGCUAAAACAAGUUGAUGAUCUAAAGAAAGAGGCAGACGCCAUUUUUAGGCAUAUGGAAAAUGUCAAGAUGAAUUGCCUUAAUGUCAGGCUUCCAAAUUUGAAGUCACAUUAUUUGCUAGGCCGAGAUGCUGACAAAAGAAAAAAUGCUGCUCAAAAACUUCUGAGCGAGGGGCAAUUUGAUGAAGUUGGAUACACUGCUCCAUUAGAGAAAAUGUCUUUUAGUGAAUCAACCCUACCUUUAGAGGAAGGACUAGCUACUCUGAUGUCAACAAAGAAGGAAGUGAUGAGAGUUCUAGAGCAGGACAAAACAAAUCUUAUUGUGAUUUGUGGUAUGGCUGGUGUUGGCAAGACUACCUUGGUGAACCAAAUUGCAGACCAAGUUAAGUAUGGAAAAUUAUUUUAUAAGGUGGCCAUGUUAACUAUGUCUAAAAAUCCAAGCAUGAGAAAUGCUCAAAAUCGGCUUGCUGAGCAGUUAGGGGUGCAAAUUCCAGCACAUAUUGAUGGUGCCAGAUUUGGACAAACAAUAUAUAAUAAACUAAGCGGGAGAGUUCUUGUUAUAUUGGAUGAGAUUUGGAAAGAAGUUGACUUCAAGAGUCUUGGGAUUCCUGUUAGCGAGAAGAUAAAGGUUAUAGUGACAUCUCAGUCCCCCUGUGUUUGCAGGAACAUGGGAGCUAAAAUUGUUGGGGUUAAUGCCUUGCCUGAGGAAGAAGCAUGUUAUCUUUUUAAAGCGGUUGCGGGAAUUUCUGAUGAUUCCGUUUUGAGUGAUGUUGCAAAACAGUUUGCAGAGGAAUGCAAAGGUAUACCUCUCGCGCUCGUUGUUGUCGCCAGGGGAUUAAGGACUAACUGUAAAACACUAAAAUCCUGGGAACUGGCCCUUGGACAGCUGCAAAAAUACACAUUCAGAGAAUUAGAAGGAGAAAAAGAUUUGGUGUAUUCAAUAGUUGAGUGGAGCUACGACAAUUUGGAAAGUGUCGAGGCUAAGUCACUGCUUUUGCUUUGCAGUUUGUUUCCAGAAGAUUAUAGCAUUCCAGUUGAAUGUUUGGUCAGGUACGGCAAAGGGCUAGAAUUGUUCAACGAGAGAGACACGUUAGGUGAUGUAAGAUGCAGAGUAGACGUGCUUGUUAAUGACCUCAGGAGUUACCAUUUGUUGCUGGAUGAUAGUGAAAGAGAAGACCAUGUAAAAUUGCAUGAUGUCGUGCGAGAAACUUGCUUGAAAAUUGCAUCAAAAGGCGAGCAUGUAUUUUUGGUAGGGAAUGCUAGAGAGGAAGAAAGGCACCAACUACCGGAUUCAUUUGGUCCUUACACGGCUAUUUCACUAACAUUAGAAGGUUCCAUUAGACUAUUUCCAUUUGGCGAGGAAUGUCCAAGGCUUAAGCUAUUGCGUUUGGUAUUCCAAUCAGGCAAAGUGAACCUAUCAAAAGAUGCUUUCGAAGGAAUGGAAGAUCUCAGGGUCAUGGAGUUAAACAAUUCACACACAGAAUUUUCGCUAUCAUGGCCAGGCCAAAUGUUAACGAGCCUUCGGACAUUGUGCCUGGAUUAUUGUGUAUUGGACACUGGAACGUCAUCAAUGCUUGGAUAUAUGAUGCAAUUGGAAAUGUUGAGCUUCUUUAAAUCCAGACUUCAAGGUGAUCAGUUUCCAGUAGAGAUUGCUCGGUUGAGUAAUUUAAAGUCGUUGGAUUUGAGGGUCGAGCGAAGUCAGCAGCCGUUGCCUCAUGGUAUCCUGUCAAGCUUGAAGAAACUAGAAGAAUUGUACAUGGGAUCUCCUCACCAUUUGCGGCUGGGGAGAGACAAAGAAGAAGAAAGAGGAUGCCUUGAAGAGAUCGCAUCACUCUCUUGCCUUGAGUGUCUCCAAAUUCAUGUCUAUGACCUUAACCUCCUAUUUCAGUUAUUGCACCAACUUCCUAUUCAGAGGUUUGUAUUUAAACAAGCAUUGGAUCCUAUAGUUAGCAGCAUUGUUAAGAGAGCAGAGAAUCUCACUUUUGAGGGCGUGCCCUGCUUGAGGAAUCUGGUGAGCGACUUGGAUGAAGAUGGAUUUGUCAACCUGAGAAGGCUUAAAUUAGACCAUGAGGUACACCAAUGCCUUAUUGAAUCCACCACCAAUUUAGUUGCUCGACAGGUUUUCGAAAAUUUGGUGUUCAUGGAAUUAGAUCAUGUGAAUUUGGAAGAAAUAUGUCGUGGGAAUCUUCCACCUCGGUGCUUCAGUCAACUUCGGGAGAUGAAACUUAAGUACACAAAUAUUAAGCAUUUGUGGAAGGGGCCAAUUGAACCUCCGUCACUUUGCAGCCUCAGAAUUGUUGAGCUAAGAUACUGCCAUCGAAUUGUAACUCUCUUCUCACAAUCAACGCUGAAAUGUCUAGUGAAACUCCAAAAGCUAGUAGUUCAUCAGUGUACAAACUUGGAAAGCAUUGUCAUGAGGGAAGAAAGUGUGAACGAGGAAGUGCUUGAGCUACCCCUACUCGAAACUUUAGUGAUGCAAGAAUCAGGCUGCUUGUGUUUUGACUCCAAACGUGAAACAGCCAGAGCUUUUCUCAACCAGGUUUCGCUGCCUCGCCUGGAAGGACUACAGAUUAAAACUUAUAGGCAUCGCCCCAAAGAGUUAGUGGGAGAUGGAAUGCAUAGCGGGUAUCUUGAGAACUUGAAGUAUUUGCAGAUCACCGAUAGCUGUAUCGGAUGCAUUGCCAAAGCUGAUGGGGUGACAAUAUUACAAAAUCUGCAGAAACUUGUGGUUAACAGUCACGGGAUGCAAUUACUUUUUGAGUUUGAGGGGCUGAAAGUUCCUGUGCUAACAAAAACAGAACUCGAAAUUCUUCCCAAACUGGAGUCAUUGGAAUUACAACAAUCCUCAGGAUUAACCCACAUUUGGAGGAAUUUUCCAAGAGGGGUUCGAGUAUUCCAAAACUUAAGAAAGCUUAUAGUAUGGGAGUGCAAAUUACUAAAGUUUUUGUUUGAUCCUCCUUGUGUGGCGAAUAUGCUUGUGAGCCUUGAGGUGCUUGAAAUUAGUGAUUGCUCGGAAAUGUAUGGAGUUAUUGGUGGGGAAUUAGGAGAAGAUCAGAUCAGUCAGGAAGAUGAUGCUCAGCAACAAGAUAUCGUUGGAAAACAUAGAGAGAGCUCUGCAUUGGAAAGAAGCAACAAGCUGGAAUUUGUGUUUCCCAAACUGAGCUCUUUAAUUUUGAUAGGCCUCCCAAAUCUUUUGAGUUUCGCUGGUAGUCGCCGCGAGGAAUGUGAACUCAAAUUUCCCUGUCUAACACAUCUGAAAAUACUGCUGUGCCGGCAGUUGAAGCAAUUGUGUCCAGGAAAGCUGGAUGCACCAAAUCUUGAGAAAGUUGAAGUGGUCGAGAAUGCCAUUCCUGUGGAUUUAAAGGAUAGAAAGUUCAUCUUUUUGAGGGACUCAGCGGCCUCUGAUUUCUACCGAAGGAAGAGAUGGGAGUUGUCGUGA